AUGAAUCGUUCUAUCUUAUUAUUCGUGGUAACAUUUCUUCUUGCAAAAGAUGCCGAUUUCCUCUCAGUCAAAUAUCGUCGAUGGUGUUCACCGUGGAAAUUUUGUUCAUUGACAGCGUGGAAAGCGUGGAGUGCAUGCGACAAAACAUGCGGUGGCGGACAACGAACACGUUAUCGACAAAUGUGUUCCCUACCUGUCAUCGAUUUUGCUCAACAUGUGGCAAUGUGCAAUAGGAAAGCAAGUGAUCUGAUUGAAUAUGAAAAUUGUUCGCAGACAUGCUCACCAUACGGUACAUGGUCGGAUGAAUCGAAUCGAUGCGUAUGUGAUGACGAGAGUACUGUCGAUUCGUGUUGCAUGACUGAUCGUGGACGAUGGUCCGAAUGGUCAUCGUGGUCUGGAUGUGUUGCCAAGUGCGGAACAUAUGGCGUACGUAAUCGAACACGUAUAUGCGUAUGGAAAAGCGAUCUUGUUCGCCGAGAUAUCAAGAAUAUCAAUUGUAUCGGAGACCGUGUUGAAUAUGACAGUUGUUUGAAGGAUUGUUAUGAACCGGAAUAUGACGAAGAAUAUUUCGAUAAAAUGCCAAGUAAUAUCACCGUCAUGAUCGGUAAACAUGCACAAUUUGUUUGCAAACAAAAGCGUGGUGCCAUCAAAUGGUUAAUCAAUGGUCAAGAUGUAUCUAUUCUUUCAAUCGAAAAUCCUUCAAUAAAAGUUGUUUCCAAUACGACAACACUAUUUAUCUAUCCAGUGACAAACUAUUUCUCGUCUGAAACUCAAAUAACUUGUCAAGUAAAUAUGUCCAAUGGUGAACAUAUCAGUCGUCAUGCGUGGAUGAUAGUUGAUACUCACGGAAACGAUGCCGAGAACGCUGUCGACAAUCAAUGUGCGUUGAUUAAACCACUUGAAGCCAUUUAUUAUGUUCGAUUAGGUUCAAGUUUUUCGAUUCAAUGUCAAGCAAAGACAUCGAACGCCACAAUCUCAUGGCAAAAGAACGGUGCAAUAGUUCAGGGCAAUGGUAUUGAUAAUACGCAGAUCUUAAUUGAAUACAUGCUAUUUAUUGACACAAUUACUCUUAAUCAUAAUACGAGUUAUUCAUGUACGGUACAAACAACAUCGAAAUGUAAACAAACAUCCUAUUGGACUUUAUUCGUCUUUGAAAAUACUCAACAGAUUUCUGAUCGAUUCCAAUCGAAUCCAUUGAAUUUUGUUGGAACACAUGGAAUCGUUCUUCCCAGUUCAUCACCUUGGCACGUGACAAUUUCAUAUCGCGAUGUGUCCUCUCACUUUUCAUACGAUGCAUUUUGUUCGGGUUUAUUAAUUGACGAAGAUACCGUUUUAAGUGUAUCCCAGUGCUUCGACCGAUCUUCUUCAUUGCAAACGUUUCUUGAGCAGCAACAACUGACAUUCGAUUCGACGAAAUUAAUAAUUUACGUUGCCAAAUACGAUCGCUUGAGUAUGAGUGCAUUCGAACGUCAGUCACCUGUUAUUCAAAUAUUCAAUUCAUCCGAUGAUUUUGUUAUAUUAAAAGUUCAUUUACUCUUUCUCAGUAUCGAAUCUCGCCCACUACCAUUGCCUACGAUGAACGAUAUGACAACUUUAAUAAACAACAUAUCUUUGUAUGCAACAGGUUGGGGACCAUUAUCAACAAAUUCUGAUAAACCGAUACGUCUGAAAUAUAUACAACAACGAUUGAUACAAUGCAAUCAAAGUGUGUCAUCACCGAUGAUCUUGUGUACAACAGCAAUGGCAAUCAAACAAGCGAAUUUAUGCCCGGGUGAUGCAGGUGGCAUACUUUUCGCUCAGACAAAUCAACGGAUAUUUGCUGUUGGCUUGGUAUCACGUUUCUCGAAAACAUUUUGUGAUGUGCGUUCAACACAGAUUACCACUAUCAUUCGUCUAGAUACGAUACUACCUUGGUUGAAACAAAACUCACUAGCGUAG